CGGUAACUACGAGCAGACAUGCCGCUUGCCCAAAAACUUCUGUGCUGUUUCGACUACUGUCCUCAUCCUCGACAACACCUCUGAGCCUCGAGAAUACCCUGCAGCAUACAUCCUCACACAACAUACACUAGGACACCCCAUUGUUCUGUCCUAUCAUUGAAUAUUGAUUACUUUUUUUUGUUGCCCUACACCCUGGUCCUCCUCAACACACACACACCGCCCAUUGCGCUGUGCUGUACACCUCCUACACUUGAUCGAGUCCCAUAGUCGCCAUGGUUCUAAUCGAGAAUCAAGAAUACCUCUGCGAAGAGGAGAAGCGCCUCAAGCAGGACCGGGAGCGCACCGCGUACUGGAAGCGAUGGGGGCCCUAUGUUGCCGAGAGGCAGUGGGCAACAGUUCGCGAAGACUACUCCCAUGAUGGAGAUGCAUGGAGCCACUUCACCCAUGACAUGGCACGAUCGCGUGCUUUCCGGUGGGGCGAGGACGGCAUUGCUGGUGUCUCCGACUCGCAUGGCUUCCAGAAUAUUGCCUUUGCCUUCUGGAACGAGGAAGAUGACUUCCUCAAGGAGCGACUAUUCGGUCUGUCGAACCCACAGGGCAACCACGGCGAGUCGCUGAAGGAAGCCCACUUCCAUUUGGACAACACGCCAACACACUCGUAUAUGAAAUUCCUCUACAAGCUCCCGCAACGCAAGUUCCCGUAUGAAGAUCUCAUCGAGACCAGCGCAAAGCGAACGCGACUCGAGAAGGAAUACAACAUCGUCGACACGGGCAUCUUCGACGACGACCGAUACUGGGACAUUUUCAUCGAGACUGCGAAAGAGGCGGAUGAUGCCGAGGAGCUUCUAUUCCGGGUCACGGCAUACAACCGUGGACCAGAGCCGGCACCGUUGCACAUUGUACCCCACGUCUGGUUCCGGAAUACCUGGGCAUGGGGACGCGAGGACGAGGACCAGAAGCCAUCCAUCGCCAAGGUUAGCCCGACUACUGCACAGUCAAAACACCACAAACUUGGAGACCGUUUCUUCCAGCUCUCGCCUUCUCCCGGCACAGGCAAGAGCGGCGACGAUGUGCAGCCCGAGCUCCUCUUCACAGACAACGACACCAACUACAAGGCACUGUGGAAUGUGAAGAACAAGACGCCGUACGUCAAGGACGGCAUCCACCGUCGCAUCGUGGAUAACGAGAAAGACGCUGUGAACCCGAAUCACACCGGCACCAAGUGUGCAGCCUGGUAUGCUUUCGACGAAGACGAGGGCGUCCAGCCCGGAGAGUGCGCUGUAGUCCGAUUCAGGUUUUCCCAAAGGAACGACGGCUACCUAGACGAAGAGCUUUUUGACGACAUCAUGGAGCAGCGCCGCGCCGAGGCAGACGAGUUCUACUACCGAAUUAGCCCUCUCCCCAUGGCAGAAGAUUUGCGAAACAUCCAGCGUCAAGCAUUCUCCGGUAUGAUGUGGUGCAAGCAGUAUUAUCAUUUCGUCUGGGAUCAGUGGGCGAACGGCGACCCAGGAAUGCCGCCUCCACCACCCAACCGCAAAGCUAUACGAAACAAGGAGUGGAAGCACAUGUAUCUGGACGACAUCUUGUCGAUGCCCGACUCGUGGGAAUAUCCCUUCUUCGCGGCUUGGGACAGCGCCUUCCAUUGCAUACCCCUCGCCAUGAUUGAUCCCGAUUUUGCCAAGAAGCAGCUUGACCUCUUCACCCGCGAAUGGUACAUGCACCCCAAUGGCCAGUUGCCAGCGUAUGAAUGGAACUUUGGCGAUGUCAACCCUCCGGUUCACGCUUGGUCGCUGUUCAGGGUUUUCAAGAUUGAACGCAAGAUGUACGGCCGCGAGGACUUUGAUUGCCUGGAGCGUGUCUUCCAGAAGCUGUUGCUGAACUUUACCUGGUGGGUCAACCGCAAGGAUGCCGACGGCAAGAACAUCUUUGAGGGUGGCUUUUUGGGUCUCGACAACAUUGGUAUUUUCAAUCGAUCUGAUCCUCUACCCACUGGCGGUGUCCUCGAACAGGCUGACAGCACCGGCUGGAUGGGCUUCUACUGCCUCAACAUGCUCAACAUUUGCCUUGAGCUUGCGAAGCGCCGUCGCAUCUACGAAGACAUGGCCUCGAAGUUCUUCGAGCACUUCAUCAUGAUCAGCGAUGCCAUGCAGUACCGCAGCGGCGGAGAAUCAAAACCCCUGUGGAAUGAGGAGGACGGCUUCUACUACGACGCCAUUUCGUGGGGCGGUCCCUGGAGCCACCAGAUGCCCGUCCGAUCGCUUGUCGGCCUUAUUCCUCUCUACUCAACCCUGACACUCGAACCGGAAGUCAUUAACAGACUCCCGAGCUUCAAGAAGCGAGUCGAGUGGUUCAUCAACAACCGAAAGGAAACCGCAGAACGCAACAUCGCAUCGAUAAAGAAGCGUGGCCAAGGCAACCGAUUGCUUCUGUCCCUUGUCAGCGAAGAGCGACUAAAGCGAAUCAUGAAGAGAAUGUUGGACGAAGACGAGUUCCUCGCGGAUCACGGCAUUCGAUCGCUUUCGAAGUAUCACAAAGACCAUCCCUACUCUAUGGAUGUCAACGGCCAGAAAUACGAAGUCGCCUAUCUCCCUGGUGAUUCGGAUAGUGGUCUCUUUGGCGGCAACAGCAACUGGCGAGGCCCGAUCUGGAUGGCCGUCAACUUCCUUCUCAUCGAAUCUUGCCAAAGAUUCCACCUUUACUACGGCAACGACCUCAAGGUGGAGUGUCCAACAGGAUCGGGCGACUACAUGCAUCUCGGCCACGUCGCUGAAGAGCUGCAACAUCGCCUCCAACAUCUUUUUGCGCGUGGAGAUGACGGUAAGAGGGCCAUCAACGAUGGCAAUCAGAUGCUGGACUACGACCCGAACUGGAAGGACUACAUGUGGUAUCACGAGUUUUUCGAUGGCGAUACUGGACGUGGCUUGGGCGCCACUCAUCAGUGCGGCUGGACCGGCUUGAUUGCCAAGAUGAUUCACGACACCGGUAUGACUUGCCGCCUUCCACAAACCCCGCGCACGCCAACAGGUGCUGCCGCUCACUACUUCGACGACAUCUUCACCUCCACCGGCAAACCGAAGAAGCCGGCUCACCUCCGUCGGUCUUCGACAAGCCGUAGUAUCGGCUUCCGAAGCGACUAUGAGACGUCUGCGAACGGCGACGAGGAUGAGGCCACGAGCCCGGUCAAACGCAAGAACUCAGUCGGCGUUGCAGACGAGGACGCCAUCAGGCAGAGGUUGGCAUCGGACGAGCGCCUCAACCAUUAUGUCAGCGGACAAUUGCAGCGUAUCAAGACGGGCAUGCAAGACUACGAGCCCGAUGAGUUUGAGACCAUGACAGAUGGUGCGUCAGACGAGAAGCCAACGAGAAGCCGUAACCGCCGCAAGGAGCGUGGCGACUACUUUGAGCAGGAUCCGUACUUCAGUAAAUGAUCCAGCUUGGAGUGAAUUGGCACUGACAGGCGGGUGUUGUGCAUUUGACGGAGUUUUUCAGCGGCAAAAUUUGUGCAAAAUGGGCGCAGUCCUCCAUCGUAGACCUAAAUAGACCUAAGAACCAAGACAG